AUGGAUAAGCUUGGCAAAUGGGAUAUCAAUAAUGAUCCUGAGUGUGUUUUCUGUAAGACCUCUCCAGAAACUAGUGCUCAUUUAUUUUGGGAUUGUUUUUUCACUACACAACUCUGGUUAAGAGUAUUUAGAUGGCUGCAAGUACCAAUACCAACCAAUGUGCACCUUCAACAGUGGUUUUUUCGAGCAACCAAAGGCAAUUCUAAGAGGGCUAAACUGUUGAAACAAGUCUGUACUGAUACUCUUUAUAGUUUUUGGACAGAGAGGAGCACUAGGAUAUUUGACAAAAUGCAGAGGGCACCUGAAGAGCUGGUCAAAGAAAUGGCAUGCAUCUUUAUUGUGAGAGCUACUGGAGACUUGAGAAGCUAUCUGCUAGGCCUUGUUUUCUCGUUUAAUUUUUUUGAUGAAAGUUUGCUAGUUUUAUUGACAGUAAUAGUUGUUGGCCUUGUUUGGAGUAGUUAG